AUCCUGCCGCCCAUCGAGCUGCCAGAGGUGAACAUGGGAGACGUGUCGGAGAGGACCUUGCAGGUCGCGGUGGCGGUUUCUUUCGCUGUGGGUUUCUUGACGGGCUGGCAGGCCAACAGAAUGAGGAGGAGGUUCCUGGACUGGAGGAAGAAGCGGCUGCAGGAUAAACUGUCGGAGACGCAGAAAAAGCUGGACUUGGCUUAAAUGGUCGGCUGUGUGAAGCUGGCUCACUCCGGUCGUCCUUCGUUUUUGGUCUUACCACACCCUGCACAAGUUUGAUCAGGAUACCUGCCAAGCUGUCUUCAAGACUUAUAUCAAAAGAAACAUAUCAUGUGGACAUGUAAUAUAUGGGAGUUUGUCAUGUGUUUUUAUAGCAGUGAGACUUUUUUUCAUAUAAUGCAAAUAAAUUAAUAUAUUCUUUCUUC